AUGAAUACUUUAGAAAAUAAAGUGGCUUUAGUGACGGGCGGAGCUAAUGGUAUCGGAGCUGAAAUCGUUAAGGCAUUUUUAAAUGAAGGUGCAAAGGUGAGUGUAACUAUUUUAGAUAUCAAUGAAAGCGCGGCGAAUGAAUUGGUACAAAAUUUGGCGGGAAAACAUGGCAAGGAUAGAAUACAGUUUAUAAAAUGUGAUGUUAGCAAGGAGGAUCAACUACUAGACGCAUUCGAAAAAGUCAACCACCAGUUUCAAUACAUUGAUGUCAUAGUUAACAAUGCUGGCAUAGCAGACGAAUCAUUUGAUAUGUACCAAAAAGAAAUCGAUUUGAAUUUCAUUAACCAGACUGCAGUUAUAACAUCAUCGUUGAGAGGAAUUGAAUUUAUGCGAAAGGACAAAGCUGGUAAAGGAGGCACCAUCAUCAAUGUAUCCUCGAUUUGCGGACUUAUAAGGAUGUGUCCUGGUCUUUUCUUGUAUGGAGCCAUCAAGAGUGCUUUAAUCCACUUCGGAAGUUCUAUUGGCAUGAAAGAAUAUUAUUCUAGAACAAAUGUGAGGGUGAUCACGAUUUGUUUUGGAGUAACGCAAUCAAAUCUAGCAUUGACAGCGAAAAGUUUUGAUGAAGAAAUAAAUCGCGACAAUGAACAAAUUAUGCGUAAUUUUACCUUAAGGAGUCCUUUACAACCUGCAGAAGUAGCAGCUAAGGGAGUGGUUGAAAGUUUCACAAAUGGUGAAAGUGGAAGUGUCUGGCUUGUGAACAAUGGAAAAAUUUGCGACAUAACUGAUAAUAUAGACCAAGCUUUCGAAGUAAUGAGUGAAAAAGUAAAUAUUUGAAAAAUCAUUAUUAAUUUAUAUUGUUUCUUAUUCUGGUAUAAUGGUGUCUUUCUGAUUAUAUUCUUUUUGAAUUUUGCUCUUUUACUUAAUUAAUAUUUAAUAAAUACUAACAAAGGAUGAGAUUGGUAUGCUAUUAAUAUACCUUUAAGUAAUUUAUUCAUUCAACUAGACUUAUUUUAGAAGCAUAUUUAUUUGUGCGCGUUUUUGAAUCUCAAAAAUACAUUAUUUAAUAUUUACCACCGAUAGAAAAACAUUUUCUACCUUUGAGGAGAACUUUGUAGUAUUAAGGAAUGUUCAAUGGCGUUAGCUGAAUAACCGAAU